GAAAACAACAACAUUCAAGAUGAAUUCCAAUAAACUUCACAAAAAAUCCAACACUUCAGUUGUUUCAUUUCUAUUUCUGAUGGCAAUAAUUUUACAUCGAUUCGCAAACGCAUCAUGGACAACAUUGCAAACAACAUCAGAGAAGGCAAACAUAAAGCCAAAAAUUGCAUCUUAUUACACUCGGGGGCUAUUUCGACAAACAUCACUAGCAUCAGAACAACAACACCAGCAACAAAAACAACAACAACAAGAAGAACUCUUCUUCGAUAGCAAGCAUUUUGUUGACAAAAAGUCGAACAAUAUUGAUGUCAACCAUCUGGAAAGUGCUGCAGGCAGCCCAGGGAUGCUACAUCAUUUAAUUUAUGAACUUGUCCAAUACAAGCAUAUACCGAGAGUAAGUUUGCUAACAUGCCAGCAGGAUAAUGGGAACGGCAGUGGCCUGGACGGUGAUGGUGACGUGGGCAAUGGGUCACCAUCACCAACCAGACAGCAGCAGCGAAAGCAAACGAGGACAUCGAUUAAUAUUGACACGCUGACAAUAUUGAGAUCGUUUUUCACAGGCAAGGAUAAUCGUCGUCGUAGUCGUCGUCCGAAUAAGGGACACACGAUUGAUGGUGUCAACAUUUCCAGCAGCUUCAGUUCAAGUGAAUGGCCUGUUCAUAGUCGCAGUCGUCGUAGUGAACGUGGAGAACGACGAAGCUCUGCAUCAGAUUUUCAGCCAAAGGGUGUUUUAAUUAAAAUUCUGCGAAUAGAUCUAUUAAUCAAUAGUUACCAAGCAAGUGAGAGUUUUGCAAAUAAAAAUAAGUCCAACGACGGGACAAUGAAUGCAUCCGAGUUGCUUGCAACGUUCCUUCGAAGUGAAGUUUUGCGACAAAUUGUUGUAUUGGAUUUGUCUUGCAAUAUUGCCAGUCGAAAGGUCUUGGAAAUGGCUUCUAACAAAGGACUUUUCAACUCCUCAUAUCAUUGGCUUUUGAUUGAGGAUUAUACUUUUAAUCGGCAAGCAGAUGAUGAUGACGACGACCAUGAAGAUAGUGAUGUGCGGAAUGAUUCCCAGCAGCUGCUGCAGGAUAUCCCAACUACUGCCACUGUUGAUACUUCUAAUGCUGCUCUAGAUCCAGUCCCUAAUGCCACUACGAGAAUCUCAUCAGGGGAUGAUAAAAUCAAUAGAGAUGGCCGAAAGAACAACGACAACGUUAAAGACGAUGACGACGAAGUCAGUGACAACAAAGUCUUCAACUCUACUGAUUCCAAAGAGAAGGAAGAGAAGGAGCAGAAGAACAUAUUGCUUAUUGAGGAGUUUCUAGAAAAAAUCAACAUCAAUAUAAAUACUGAGCUAAUAUUGGCAAAGCGAAUCAAUGAGGGUCCAGAUUCACAUUCAAAGAGGGAUUACUACAUGUUGUAUGACGUUUGGAAUCCUGGUUUCCAAUACGGUGGCAGUCUAAACAUAACACACAUUGGAAACUUCUCACCAGAUAAUGGCCUCCAAUUGCAACCAUGGUAUCGACAAAAUACCGCAAUCAUCCGUAGAAUGGACAUGAAACAUGCCUACAUCCGUUGCAUGAUUGUGAUAACCAACAAGAAUCACUUGGACAACUUGGAGGAUUACUUGACACAGCAAUAUGACACCCACCUGGAUUCGAUGAAUCGUUUCAAUUUCGCUCUCCUCUCCUACGUCAGGGAUUUAUUUAAUUUCAGCAUGGUCAUGUCGCGUACUCCCUCCUGGGGCUAUCUGAAAAAUGGAAAAUUCGAUGGAAUGAUAGGAGCACUUGUACGACGUCAGGCUGAUAUCGGUGGAUCACCGAUUUUCUUUCGGAUAGAACGUGCCAAGGUGAUUGAUUACACAACAAGGACAUGGAUUGCCAGACCAUGCUUCAUAUUCCGACAUCCACGAACUAUCCGAACGGACCAAACUGAGUUCCUUCAACCUUUUGCCAAUGAUGUUUGGAUACUCGUGGCAGUUGUCGGAGCAGCAACUAUAACUCUUUUGGGUGUUUUGACAAUUGUAGAGCAGAAAAUCAUGCAAGAAGGUUAUUCUUCUGACAAAUCGUCAGUAUUCCAACAACAACAACAACAAAGCAAAAUAAAUGCAAUCGAUGUAAGAAACACUAAGAACCAACACAAUCCCCUAAGGAAGAAAACUACAAUGGAAGUAGAUAUUGAAGUAAGUCCUUUCACUCAAAAGGAUACAAUGCCCUUGGCACGACUUGGUUUCCUUAGAGAUGCAGCUGCUUGGUUCGCAAAUACCGAGGGAAGAAAAAGUGAUGAGACUACUACCAACACCAUCUCGAAUUCCAACAAAAAUGCAAUAACUUUGAGAAAGGAAAGAUUUAACAUCAAAGCUGUUGGUGGAAUUGGAAUAGGAAGAAAAAAAGGACAAGUCCCGAUGGAUUAUGGCCAAGGCGUUGCUUCUUCUGUCUUGGAGCAAAGUGAAAUUGAUUGUAUUGAUAAUGGUGUCAGAGUUAGUGGUCCGAUCAAUGCUGUAGUUUCACUUAAUAACCAUGGCCAUAGUGAAACUGGUGGUAGUUUGAAGAUGGGGAAAAGUUUGAAGAAAUAUUUUAGUCUCUGGAUGAAAUACUUUUGCAAGACAGAUGGAAAUAUUUCAAAUAAAAAACGAUGGGAGAUAAUGCUGGAGUCAAUGCUCUUUUAUAUUGGAUCAAUUUGUCAGCAAGGAUUAUCACUUUCCACGAAUCUACUCUCGUGUCGCUGUGUAAUCAUUACCAGUCUUCUCUUCUCCUACUGCAUCUACCAAUUCUAUUCGGCUAGCAUAGUUGGAACACAACUGAUGGAAAAACCAAAAACCAUAAAGACCCUACGCGAUUUGGUUCAUAGUUCACUGGAAAUUGGAAUUGAAGAUAUCGUCUACAACCGUGAUUUUUUCUUACACACAAAAGAUCCAGAUGCCAUUCAAUUGUACGCUUCUGUAUCACUACCUCCAGACCAGAACUCAUCAGCAGCAUCAGACAACGGCAGCCAGACAUCAGCGGAACAGCAGCAGCAGCGGAAAAAAAUCGACCCCAUCACCGCUACUGCUAGUAAUCACAGAAAAAGAGUACAAUCAAAAACUAGCGAAGCAUCCAACUGGCAUGAUCCCGAGUAUGGCGUGGCAAAAAUUAAACAAGGAGGAUUUGCUUUUCAUGUGGAUGUGGCCACAGCAUAUAAAAUAAUCUCGGAUACCUUUAAGGAAAAGGAAAUUUGCGAUUUGUCGGAAAUUCAACUAUUUCCACCACAGAAGAUGGUCAAUAUUGUGCAGAAGGGAUCACCGUUGAAGAAAAUCAUAACUUAUGGGCUACGACGAAGCACAGAGGCCGGACUAAUGGAUUACCAGAGAAAAGUCUGGCACUCGCCAAAACCGCGGUGCGUGAAGCAGAUCCAAACUGAUGAUUUGAGGGUUGAUAUGCAGACAUUCACAUCAGCAGUUUUCGUACUUAUCUUUGGAUUUGCAGCUAGCAUAGUUGUCCUGGCUCUGGAGAUGGUUCAUAAUAAUUUAUGGCAACAAUUUGCUACAUAAGCAGCAGCAGUAGAAUCAGGAGCAGCAGCGGCAACAGCAGAAUAAUAUGGAGCAGGAGCAAGGAGUUUUUUUUUUGGUUUGGAUUGGUGACAAUGACGCGGUAUGACGGUAGACGUUUGUGGUGGCGUUGCAUUUUGUUUGGUUGGAUACCUUUUUGGCUUCAAAAAAUUUGUUUAAAAAGAAAACUGCAGUUGACAUCAUUGAAAUGUUUUCGGUUGCGGUGAUUUAUGUUUUUGA